AUGUGGCGUGCAGUGUACGAACUCCCAGAAAACUAUGGUUUUUAUUCCGAGAAACAAUUCGACUUGGAAGAGCAAUUAAAUAAACUUUAUUACCAAAUAAAACCAUUUUAUCAACAAUUACAUACUUAUUUCCGUGCUAGAUUGGCUGCUUUACACUCGAAGAAGGGCGGAGAGGAAAAUCAAAAAGCCGGUUUUGUCUCCAAAAACGGCCCAAUACCCAUACAUUUACUAAAAAGUUCAAAUGGAGAUAACUGGUCAGCUUAUUAUGAACAAACAAAACCCUUUUCUGAUGAAGCUUUAGCUGUGGAAGAAGAAAGAAUAUCCAACGAAUUAUUAAAUUCAUUUCACGCACAAAACUAUACUGUCAGAUUAAUGUAUACUAAAGUUUAUCGCUUUAUGAAAUACUUAGGUUUUGAAAAAUUACCUCGUUCAUUUUGGACAAAUUCUGUAUUCAAAAGAAACUGGGCAAAAGAAAUGAUUUGUAAUCCUGCUACUGCGUAUGAUAUGAUGAAUGGCCAAGAUGACUAUAGAAUUAAAGUUUGCGGUCAACUUAGUGAACAAAGGAGUGAAUCUGCAGAAAUUAAUAGAUUAUAUAAAGAAGCUCUUGAAGAUUUUGUUAAAUUACCUUUUGCCGUUGUUGCAGAUAAAUGGAGAUAUGCUGUAUUUAACGAAAGCCUGUCUCCAUCAAAUUGGUCGAUGGAAUGGUGGUCGUUGAGGCAGAAAUAUCAAGGGAUUAUUGCCCCUUCAAUGGCUGAUCCAAAAGCUGUAGAAAGCGAUCCAACAGCGUCUCCAUUAAUUACUCAACAGCAUGCACCUGCAACACGUGAUACCUUUGCUUAUAUUGUUCAAUUCCAAAUAUUAAAAAAAUUGUGUAAAAAUAAAUUAAGUCAAGGAUGUUUGCCUGACAAAGAGGAAAUGAAGGAUAUUCACGAUGCCAUAAAAAGAGGUGGUUCAAUUUCUUGGCUUGAUGCCUUUGAGAAAAUGACUGGCAAUAGACAUAUUGAUGCCGGCCCACUGCUAGAAUAUUAUUCUCCGUUAAUUCAAUGGCUUGAUAAUAUAAAUUCCAAUGAACAACGAGUUGUUGGGUGGGAAGUUGAGGGUGAAGGAGAGGCUUUUGCAGAAAACGAACUCCCACAUUUACAAAACCAAUAUGAAAGUGAAAAUGGGGGAGAAUUUGGGAGGAUAGAUGGAACUGGUGGAGGAGAUGCUCAGAUUGCUUUUCCUGGUCAGAGCUGCGAGAAGGAUCAGGAAUGUCUACUCGAUUCAAAAUGUAAUGGGACAAUUUGUGUUUGUAGGGAAGGAUUGUAUACUCUUCGGAUUGCAGGCACUUAUAACUGUGUUCCGAGUGAUCCUGCUAAGGUAGGAUUCACUGAUGACAGUGGUGGUCUAGUAAUAGCUCUAAAUCCCAACAAUGGAUCACACGCUCCUGAAACCGGGCAAAAUGCUGAUAUAGAGGCAGUUGUUACAAUUGAACACAUGGACGAAGAGGCGAAUAAACAUGGAAAAACCUCAAAUUCUGCGAUAAAAAAGCUAUGCAAUUUCUCCAUUUUAUUUACAAUUUCUCUGGCCAUUUCUGCUUUAAGACAACAAAUGCUUAUUCAUCGGAUAUAAAGUUUAUAGUUAAUUUAAAGAGCUAUAUGUAUAUAUUAUUUGUUUAUUUGUAAAAUUUUUUGUUUACUAUUUAAGUUUCUAAUGUAAAUUAUAAAGAUUAGUGCGCGGAACCGGACCGGAUUUGGAGGGACUAAGGAGGGAUAUAGGUGUAUUUGUAAAGAUUAAGAUGGAUAUACAUCUCCCUUACAACUCAAAUCCCGCGAUAUCAAUCCUACUCCACCAAAUCACCUGUUAUCCACCACAAAUCCGCCAAGCACCCUUCAUAAUCAUCCAAAAUCCUUAGAUAUCCCCACUAACAAAUUCUUAACACAUAAACAAUCAAAUCUCUUUAU